AACGCGAACGAGACGAUUUUGAUCCACAAUUUGUCGAGCUUUUUMCCCGGUUCGAUCGUUCUUUCUGRUUGUAGGUGUUCUUUGCUGCCGAUGCCAUCGCAUGCGAUUUUUUUGGGAUGCGGCCGCCAAUCGCUCUUCCUUACAAAAGAACACACAACGAAAAGCAAAAAAAAGACAACACUGCGAAGAGCAUCAGAACCGUUCCGAAACAGUAUUGCAAGGAACCACCAUACUACAAAGCAAUCACCACUCCACUCCACUCCACUCCACUCCACUCCAUCCAUCCGAGAGUCUCUAAGGAAUCGGCAGCCGCAGCAGCAAGGAGCAAGUACGCAACCAAGCAUCAACAAAUGGCAUCGCAAGUCAGUCAAAUGUCCGCGUCACCACCGGGGUUUGUCAAUCGCUACGUCGCGAAGUAUGGCAGUCGCUACAGGGGGGCAGCGGAGGAGAAGAACAAGGAGCUCUCGUUGGUCAGGGAAGAAAACAACAGGCUCAGGGAAAGCCUCACCCUGGUCCAGACGGAAUGCGAAGAUCUGAGGAGCGAAUCGAACUACAACCGUGCCAAGGUUCUCGAGCUCUCCGAUCUCGUAACGCUUUCCAAGUCGCCAAAACAAAAGGCGGCGAUGAAGGACUCCCUCGUAGCCAAAAAGAAAGAAAAGGAAAACGCCGAGCUCAUUCUGACCGUCAACAAGCUAGAGAUCGAGUUGUACCAGUCGGAGCUGAAACUCGAGGAGCUCAAGGACCAGAAAAAAUCCCACAACAAGCUCCUCCUCGAAAUGGGGGAGGUCAUCCGUGCCCUCAACGCCGUGGACGUUGACUACGACCCAUCGGUCAGCGGAAGCAGCGAUUCUGAAUCCCUCUCGCCCCAGCAACUGUCGAUCAGAAACAUCAAGCUGAAGGUCGAGGCGAUGAAACGAGACCGCGAGGUCCUCAAGCAAAAAUGCCGACUGCUCGAGGGAGAGUACGACCACUCGCGACACAGCAAGGCAGAUGCCCCGGCAGCCCAUAAAUUCUACGUGGUUGACCACAACAGCAACAGCAACGAGGACAAGCUAACCCCGAACARCAUCCAGAAAAAGAUCGAUGCCCUGGAACGCAAAAUCCACAUCGUCAACACUUCCAAGCUCGAGGACGCAGCUACGCACACCACCUGUACGAGCCAAACGGUUCGGACCACCCCUCCGCAUUCUCCCUAUUCGCGGUCCUACGCUGCGUCGACCCUCACCCCGGCAUCGAUGUCCCGGGAUGAAUCGGAAUUCACCGGCGACUCCGAACAGGAGGGCAGCGAAUCCUCCGCUGCAAAGAUUGCCGAACAAAACGAAGAGAUCGCCCGGUGCAACAAGGAACUCGCCUCCUACAUGGAGAAGGAACAGGAACACACGAACGAAAUCAUCGGUCUCAAACAGACCGAACAGGAGCAAAAAGAGACCAUCCAGCGCCUCGCGGACCAAAACGAAACCGCCUCGCACGAAUUGGCGAGUCUAACAGAAAAGCUCGAGAAGGCCGAAGGCGAAAACCAGGAGAUUGCUUCCAAGCGAGACGAGUUGAGGUCGAACCUACAGGACAUCAUGGUCCAUCACAAAGAAUUAACCGACGAACACGAGGCCGCACAGCAGAAGAUAAGGGAAUUGCAAUCCCGAAUCGAUAUACUAGAGCUCCGGCUCCGGGUCGCUACCCGUCGCGAGGAACCAGCUGAAAAUAACGAAGAAUCAAUUGAAGAAGACGAAGAGCUCCAGUCUCUUGAAGAGGACGAGAUUUCUGUGGCCUAUCGACGGGCAAAAAACAGAAUCAAGGAACUCGAACUGCACCUGAUCAAGGCGGGCCAAUUGCUGCUCUCCGCGCGUGCAGAAAACAAGAAUGCCGGUCGCCACUACCAGACCACGAUUCAUUAUUCUCAGAAGAUGGAACGGGAGCGGGACGAAUUGCAGACAAAACUCGACAAGGCCAUGGAAGAAAUGCGGUUGGCUAAGUUGGAGGUCCAGAAAGAACGCGAUGCGUCCGACGAAGCUCGUCGCAAAUUAGCAGAUUUUUCUCAGCAGAGGCAAGACGAUCGAAGCGUUUCCUCCGGUCACUCGAGGGCAUCGGCCAGAAAGAAGCCGGCGUUUCGACCACUUACUCUCCUGGAAUUGAUGGAGAAAGACUUUUCCUGAAUCGGACCGAUGUGAUCGAACCUCGUUGUUUCGAGCCACUGCUGAAACCGGUUUGGAAAAGGAAGAAAACCUUGGAAGCAAAAGCAACAAGCCCGUCAAAGCACAAUUGAUUUCCAAACUCGCUCAUGGAAUGGUUUUGUGGAUAUAUCUUUCAAAUKAUAUAAACUUAGACGGUCAAUCGUCACAAAUCAGCUGUCCCUAUCAAUGAAUAAAUAAAUUUGUAAUACUAAAAAUAAUUAAAAACAUCCCCUUCCGAAAGUAAACGAAUUUUUCAGUG